GGCAUCGACAACGCGGUUGGUUUUGUCGGGAGUGUGGCAAAUGGUAAAUGUGAAUUAGGCAAGAAGGUCUAACCAGCGGGCUUGGCGGGGCGUGAUGUCUUUCUUGGUGAGAAUCGAGGAGACUGGUGUUGUCGGUGCGAAUGGUGAAGUAUUGUCCGUCGGAGUGCGGGUGCCAAACUUUGAGGGCGUGGAUUACGACGAGGAGUUCCUUCUCAUUGGAGGGGUAGUUCAUCUCCGCGGGAAGGAGCUUCUUGCUUGUGAAGGCGAUGGGGUAUUCGCUGGGUGGAGCCUCGGGGAUAGAGAGGACUUGGCGAAGGUGCUGAAGGUGGGACUCGAAGGCGGGGCUAUAGACAAGGAUAUCAUCAAGGUCGACGACGACACAGACUUCGAGGAGGUUGCGGAAGAUGUGAUUCAUGGUGGAUUGGAAUGUGGCGGGGGCAUUGGGGAGUCAAAAGGGCAUCACGAGGAACUCGUAGUGCUCGAAGCGAGAAUGGAAUGCGGUCUUGUGGGUGUCUUCCUUUGGGGAUGCGGAGAUGGUGGAAGCCACUACAUAGGUCAAUCUUGGGGCGUUGUGGAGGGAGAAGGCAUCGUAGAGUUUGAUGAUGAAGACGAAGACGCACUCGUGGGGAAGGCCGGUGAUGGGGGGGGGGAUGUGGGGAGGGUGGAGGUGAUAGUGGAUGAAGUCAAGAGAGGUUUUGACUUGGGGGGAAUGGUCGACUACAGUGUGACGACGGGGGUUGUUGUCUUGGGCAGUGAGGUGACCGUGGUGGAGGUGGUGGUGGAUGAAGGUGGGGGUGUGGAUGCCGUGCUAGUGGAGAGGGUGGUGGAUGCGGAGGCGGAGGAUAGGGGAAGGGUGGUGGAACCUGAGGGAUUUGGGGGGGUGAGGCAUGGCGGUGACGAUCUGGAUGGCGGGGGAGGCCUGUUGUUGUUCGAUGGUGGCUAUCCAUUGGGAGAGGCCGGAGAGGGAUGCUUUGAGGGAGUUGAGGGUGGCUUGCAUGGUGAACAUGAGGGAGAGGAGGGUGAAGGAGUCAGUGGGGACCUCUUGGGUGGCAGCCUGUUGACCAAUGAGUUCGCGACGGAAACUAUGGACGGACUGGGUGAAAUGCUGUUAAAGGAGAUUCUAAUGCGAACAAUGGUGGAGCCAAGACGUAGAUUAAUUCCACUGUCGCCCAUCAAUCUCAAGAAGAAGGCAGUUGCAGGAAUGUUGGUGGUCACCAUUGUUUCUGCUAAGAACCUUCGCCAAAGCCCUUUGCAGAGGACCCUGGACAGGAGCAAUGAAAUGGUCAUGAUGAUGGUUGUGAAUGGUACUCAAACAGCUCCAGAGGGCAUGUUUGUGGAGCUAAGUUCUGGGCAUCUGACGCGGAAGACCAAGGUGAUAAUGAGGGGCGGGGAGAGGAGGGUGAGGGUAGGGGGUGCAGGAGAGGGGUGGAUUAUGGGUUGUCCGUUUAGCAGGACCGGGGAUUCAGCAGCUGCUGUGUCCCACCUGUGCUUGAGCAGCUGCUGCUGGUAGCAUGCACCAGCUGCUGUAAGAUAGGCUGACACAGCAGCUUCUGCGUCCCCCUUACACUCGCAAAAGUAAAGCAGGUUGAGCACU